AUGCAGACCUCUAAGAAGGUUGGUAUGGUUCCUGCUGAACCUUCCUUUUGCUUUGUUGCUUCAUCGUCAUCUCCAAUGGUGAUUCUCAAGAAACUAUUUGAUCACCAAGGUUGCAUUGCCGGUAUUAAAGAAGGAGACGAUGUCGCCGGAGUGAAAGGAGCAUCGUGGCAAAAUGACUGCACCAAAUCUAGAACAAGACUGUUUACACGAAUGGGUCUCCACCUCCUCUCUUCUUCCGUCUGCUUCCUAUUUGCUUCCAUCGAUUCUCCCAACAAUCCCAGCCAUUGGCCCAUUGCGACCAAGUUUCAUGGAGGGUCGAUGAUCAAGCUUCAUCACCUCUAUCGAUCUUCCGUCUCGGCGCUUCUCUCACUUGUCAAAGCUUCACGUAUUCAGUUGCACAUCUUCCAGAAGAGUGGCAUGAGUUGUUCAAUCGUUAUCCAAAGUUUAUCAAAUAGUGGUAGCUGCAUAUCAUAUCAUCCACAGAGUUUAGCCAUGGCAAUUUGA